AUGGCUAAUCUCCGAGGAGUCCUGCGCAACGUAACUUCCUAUUGCCAACGUUCCCUAACUCAAUCGCAUCCGAUCGAUCUCUCUUCUGCGUCGAGGUUGUUAUGGCGAUCCGCGAACAACGGCGGUCAAACUCAAGCGAGGCUAUUCACAACGACGCAAAUGAAAUCGGUGUCGAAACACAGUGGCACGGAGCAAGGCGUGAAGCGAAACAGCGCCGACCACAGACGCAGACUGCUAGCGGCGAGAUUCGAGGUGAAGAGGAAGCUGUACAAGGCGUUUUGCAAAGAUCCAGAUCUUCCCAGCGAAAUGCGAGACAAGAAUCGUUACAAGCUCUCGAAAUUGCCGAGGAACAGUGCGUUUGUGCGGAUAAGGAACCGGUGCGUGUUCACGGGCCGAUCUCGCUCCGUUACUGAGCUCUUUCGCAUCUCUCGAAUCUGUUUCCGUGAUUUAGCCAAUAAAGGUGCUUUGAUGGGCAUCAAGAAAUCGUCUUGGUAG